AUGACGUCGAAACAUUUUCAGUCGAAGGAAGAUCUCUCUUGCCCCGUGUGCUGUGACAUCUUUACGGAUCCUGUUCUCCUACCGUGUAGUCAUAGUGUCUGUGAAGUGUGUGUGCAGAAAUUCUGGGAAGCCAAACAAUUUCAGGAGUGUCCUGUCUGUAGGAGAAGAUCCUCAAAAGAGAAGCCUCCUAGAAACCUGGCUCUAAAGAACCUGUGUGAGACUUUCCUACAGGAGAGAAAUCAGAGAUCUUCAUCAGGGUCUGAGGAACUCUGUAGUCUGCACAGUGAAAGACUCAGACUCUUCUGUCUGGAGGACAAACAAACUGCAUGUUUUGUGUGCCGGGAUUCAGAAAGACACACAAAUCACAAAUUCCGUCCAAUAGAGGAAGCUGCCCCAAGUUACAGGGAAGAAGUGAAAGCUGCACUGGGACCUUUACAAGAGAAACUGAAACUCUUUAAAAAAGUUAAACUGACCUGUGAUAAAACAGCAGAACACAUUAAGACCCAGUCGCAGCACACAGAGAAACAGAUUAAGAAGGAGUUUGAGAAACUCCAUCAGUUUCUACUAGAUGAAGAGACAGCCAGGAUAACUGCACUGAGGGAGGAAGAGGAGCAGAAGAGUCAGAUGAUGAAGGAGAAGAUUGAGGAGAUGAGUAGAGAGAUCUCAAUUCUUUCAGACACAAUCAGAGCCAUUGAAGAGGAGUUGGGCACUAAGGACGUAUCAUUCUUGAUGAAUUUCAAGACCACAAUAAAAAGAGCCCAGUGCACACUGCAGGAUCCAGAAAUGCUUUCAGGAGCACUGAUCAAUGUGGCAAAGCACCUGGGCAACCUGAAGUUCAGAGUGUGGGAGAAGAUGGAGGAGAUUGUUCAAUACACUCCUGUGAUUCUGGACCCCGACACUGCAGCACCAUGGCUCAUCCUGUCUGAGGAUCUGACCAGUGUGAGAUUCAGUGAUGACAAACAGCAGAUUCCUGAUAAUCCAGAGAGAUUUGAUGAUUAUACAUUUGUGCUGGGCUCUGAGGGCUUUGAUUCAGGGAAACACUGUUGGGAUGUCGAUGUUGGGGAGAGUACGACGUGGUAUAUUGGCGUGACUGCAGAGUCAAACCAGAGGAAGGGAGAGGACGCGCUGCAGGCGGCCUGGCGUGUAGGUUAUGAGGAUGGAGAAUAUUGGUCAGAGGUCCCAUCCGGUGGUACUCCCUUGAGAGUGACUGAGAAACUCCAAAAGAUCAGGGUGGAGCUGGACUGGGACAAAGGAAAACUGUCGUAUUUCCAUCUACUAAAUAAACGACAUAUAAUUACACUGACACACACUUUUAAAGAGAGAAUGUUUCCAUCCUUUUAUCACUUCUGUUCACUUUCUCCUCUAAAGAUCUUACCACUGAAGAGUUGUGUAACAGUGAAACAGCACAGUUAG